AUGAACCAAAAAAAAGACCAACAAAUUCAAUUUCUUCAAAAAAAAAUCCAAGAACUAGAAGCCAAAUUAGAAGGAGUAUUACAAGGCGGCAUUAAGCUCUUAUUCUCAGGCAAAGCCAACGCCCAAAGAAUAGCCCGCAAAGUAAAACCAAUAACUUUACGAGAAAUCAAAAGUUUAAGUAUUGGAACUGAGGAACAAAAAUCCCAAAACCUAAUAAUCGAAGGCGACAACUUACUCGCUAUGGCUACUCUCUAUCAGUAUCACGGCAAAGAGGAACAGCAACAAAAAAGAGGAGUUUCAAAAAAAGUUAAUUGCUAA